ACCACAAGAAAUAUGUCAGAGGAAUUGGGAGUGGAGAGCUGGGACUACACACCGAUCAACAUCCAGAAAUACUACUACAGGUGGCCCAUCUGCAAUUUCCGUUUUUACUUGGAGCAAAUGCAGGAAUCAAGCAUUAAGAGUCCUGCUUUCUCAUCAGGUGCCAAUGACACACAUGAAUGGUGUUUGAAAGUACACCUGAAUGGGGUCGAUGAAGAAAGCAAAGGUUACUUGUCAGUUUCUUCAAGGUUGCUCAGCUGUCCAAAGCACCCAGUAUGGGCAAAGUUCCAGUUGCAGAUCCACAAUGCUGAAGGAAAGAAAUCCCAAACAAUGAAGAUCCCAACAUACUUAAGGUUUCUGCAAUACCAUCACUGGACAUUCAGAAAGAUCAUCCUUCGAGAUUUCAUUUUUUCCCGGGAGCCUUCGCUUCUCCCAGACUCCAAGCUCAUUCUCAUGUGCAAGAUGAAUGUGGUCCAAGAUGACUUCUGCAUCUCUGGUGAGAGCACGAUGCCAGGGAUCCAAGUUCCAAGGUGCACGAUGGCAGAUGAGCUAGGAGAGCUGUGGGAGAAUCCCCUCUUCACAGACUGCUGCCUGGUGGUAGCUGGCCAGGAAUUCUCGGCUCAAAAGGUCGUCUUAGCAGCUCGUUCUCCAGUUUUCAGAGCUUUGUUUGAACAUGACCUGGAAGAACAGAAAAACCGCAUUGAGAUCCAUGAUGUGGAGCCACAAGCCUUCAAGGCAAUGAUGGGCUUCAUUUACACCGGGAAGGUACCAGACCUGCAAAGAAUAGCAGCUGAUUUUCUUGCAGCUGCUGACAAGUAUGGCCUGGAACGUUUGAAGGUCAUGUGUGAGGAUGCCCUCUGCAAGGACCUCUCCGUAAAUAAGGCUGCCCAUACUCUCAUCCUUGCUGACCUACACAGUGCAGAGCAGCUGAAAACCCAGGCACUGGAUUUCAUUACAGCGCAUGCUUCUGAGAUCUCUGAGACUUCAAGCUGGAAGACAAUGGUGGGCUCACAUCCCCACUUGGUGGCUGAAGCAUACAGCUCCCUGGCUUCUGCUCACUGCUCUUUACUGGGGCCACCCCCCAAACGCCUGAAGCAAUCUUAGAAUCCUCCUACCUCAGACCUACAGGUAUAUUCCAGAAGCAGCAGCCAGCAUUGUUACCCUGGACUCCUGGGUAGA